CUUUAAGCAAUGUUAUAAUGAUAAAGAAAGAACAGCACGAAUCAAUCAAUAAAUUUGAAAUGGUUUUCAUUGAUGAAGUGGAAAAACAAAAUGAGCUGAUAAGUCAACUUGAACACCUUCCCCAAGGUUAUGAUGUAUCAUCCAGAGAAUUAAGGGACCUCAAAUUGAGCCAGAAGGUGGAUCUACAUAUUCAGGAAAUUCUCAAAGAUUUUUCAGAAAGUGACUCCCACAUCAUAAAGGCUGAAUUUCAACAAGUACUCAGUAAUAGGAAAGAGAUAACCCACUUUUUGGGAGAGUGGUUGAAUACUCAUUUUGAUAUAGAAAAGCUUAAAAGUGGAAUCCAGAAAGAAAACGAUAGGAUUUUUCAAGUGAAUAAGUUCUAUAAUAACAGAAUAAUUACUAUACUGAAUGAAUCAACAGAAUUUGAGGAAAGAAAUGCUACUUUAGCCAAAGAAUGGGAACUUGACCUGAAAUCAAUGAAAGAGGAAAAUGAAAAACUGUUUAAAAACUACCAAACUUUGAAGAUCUCUCGGACACCUGGUGCCCUUGCUAAUCCUACUACACAAGACGAUAAGAAUCUUCAUGUUACAUCGAGAGACACACAGCCAAUCACAGAGAAAAUUCAAGAGCUGGAAGCUUCACUGCAUGAAGCUAAAGAAAGUCCUAUGCAAAGGAAGGCAAGAUUAUAAACAUGCAGAAAGAACUUCAGAUGACUUAUGAUGUAAUAUCAAAACUAAAAGCACAAGUUAAUGAAUCAAAUAAAUGCCUUGAGAAAACAAAAGAAAUGACCCAAGAACUUCAGGACAAAGUUGCUUUAGGAGCCAAACCCUAUAAAGAAGAAAUUGAAGAUCUCAAAAUGAAGCUGGUGAAAACAGAUCUAGAGAAUAUGAAAAUUGUCAAGGAGCUUGAAAAGGAG